AUGGUGGAAGGAUUGGUUGUAACCAGCUGUGGUGUGUGUGAUGUGGGGGAGGACUAUAUCAGUGUUGGUGGAACAUCUUGCUGUGCAGACCCCUGCCUGCACUACACCGUACUUAAUGACGAUUGGCGUGCCACCAACAACAAUGCCAACGUUAAUGGCGAGCACUGCGACAAGGAUGUCAACUGGCAGGGCUGGUAUCGCCUGUUCCUGGGGAACACUUGUGUUCAGAUGCCAGAGAGGUGUGUGGACAGUUACAUGUGUGGGACGGAGAUCCCCAUGUGGCUCACGGAUCCAAAUCCCCAGCUGUUAGACGGGGUGGUUCAGAGGGGUGUCUGUGGGAGCUGGUAUGGUGACUGCUGCUACUGGAGGCAAAAUCCCAUCCAUGUCAAAGCCUGCUAUGGAAACUACUAUGUCUACAAGUUUGUCCCUACAACAACAUGCAACAUGGCCUACUGUGCAGACGUCAACACCAAGGUGUGUUCUACCUGUAGAGAUGAUGACACCUGUAGGAGUGAGGAUAAGAUCACCUGGAGGUGUGAGAGGAAAGCACCAGAGCUGGUGUGUGGGCGGAGCCUGGUACAGGUGGGUCUAAACAGGGCCCACCUGGAGGCUGCUGGUCUGAACGCUUCCUCUGCCCACCUGUCUGACGGACGCUGCUCUGCCCACCAGGAGGCUAACGGCACAGUGUGGUACCAGGUGGAGCGAAGGAAGGGACGCUGUGGAAACACUCUGGAGACUAACACCACCCAUGCUGUCUACUCCAACAGCUUAUUUGUUUAUCCAGUAGAUGGGAGGAAUGACUCUCUCUCCCGACCCGUGAGCUUUCCUCUCUCCUGUGUCUAUCCUCUGUGGACAGAGAGCAGUCUGAAUGUGGCCAUCAAACCCUACCUACUGAAUAGUCGUGGAGCUGUUGGAGUCGGUGCCAAGGCCAGAUUCUCCAUGUUUCUGUAUCGUAACUCCAACUACACAGAGUCUUACCCAGCUGGUGAAGUCCUUCUGCCGAUUGGUUCCACUCUGCGCGUGGGCGUGUCCGUAGAGGAGUCCGGGAUGGAGCGUUUUGUUGUUGUUCUAAGGGACUGCUAUGCCAACCAAUCCCCCAACCCUGAUAAUCUCCCACAGACCUACAUGAUUCAGGACAGGUGUCCUACAAAUCGUACCCAGGUGACAGUGGAGGAAAGCGGCUCGUCCCUCAGGGCUCGCUUCUCUGCUCUACUGCAGGUGGACUACCGUUACAUCUUCCUGCACUGUAGCCUCAGCCUGUGUGACCAGAGGAGCUCCUCCUGCACUCCAGUGUGCUCUGGAAGGAAAUCUCGCUCUGUGUCUGAUACUGUCCUCCUCAAGCCCAUAGCCAUCGGGCCAAUCAGCUGGGCCCAGAGUCUGGAGUGAGCCUUGGGACCCCCAGCAUAUGAGGGAUGGCAGGGGCCCAGACUCUGGAGUGAGCCUUGGGACCCCCAGCAUAUGAAGGAUGGCAGGGGCCCAGAGUCUGGAGUGAGCCUUGGGACCCCCAGCAUAUGAAGGAUGGGGUCCCUCCUGCACUACUCCCCUGAUCUCCAUCCCAACCUACAGCCCAGUGUAACUUUCAAGGGCACAGAAAUACACGUUUAGAUUCUAAGUAAUGAAUUGAUGCACUACAGUGUGAUUUCAUUGUACUGUGUAUGUUGUAUACACAUAGACUUGCAUUGUUUUAUGAUUGAUCAUUUCCUCAAAUCAUUGUGUAAGUUACAACCAAACCUGAGUUGCUGUGUGUGUAAGUUCCUACCAAACCUGAGUUCUGAGUGUGUAAGUUCCAAUCAAA